AUGGCCGAUAAGCCGCCGCAGCUUCGACCAUGGGGCGGCCGAAAAGGAUGCGCGGAACUCACUCUAUCCUUCGUCGUCUCGGCCGUGAUCUGGCUGUCGCUGGUCACCGGCCUCUAUUUCCUGGCCAUCUUCCUCGACCGCCAGUUCCCGUCGGAGGACACCGUGUUCACGGUGGCCAUCACGGGCGUCACCGGUCUGGAGCUGGACCCGGCGCGGGACGUCGACCCGCCGACGGCGCUCUCCCCGGUGUUCAGCCUCACGUUCCAGAUCGACAACACGGGCGACUCGGACUACGACGCGUGCGUCGCGGGCCUCUCGAGGGCCGAGGUCUCGUACGGGGACGCCUUCCUCGCCGCCGGCUCCGUGCCGCCCUUGUGUGCCGGGGAGAAGCGCCGGAGCGACCGCGUGGCGGCCAGGGCGUCGUGCGAGAACGUCGCGGUGCCGCGGUUCCUCAGGGACCAGCUCGCCGCCGAGCUCGCCGCGGGAGACGCGUCGAUGGACGUCAAGGUCACCAUGCCGACGUACUGUUGGAACGGUUGGUGCGGCGGCGCCGUGCUGUCCUGCAAGCCCAAGAUCGGAGGCGGGACGUCUCCGGCCUGUCGUCUAGAACUGGGCUGGUCUAGAUUGCCCUCGUUCUUUCAGUAUUUUCGGUAA